AGUACGUCGCGAAGAAACAGAAAAGAAAUUCCUUUGCCUUUGCCAGAAAAUGCUAAUGUGAAAAUUACUAGUUGUUCCGUUUAAGUAAGUCCUUUUCCUGGUGUCCUUGCAUCUAUUGUGAUCGCGGUUCAUAAUGUUUAGUUUCAACAAACCAACGCCACCAAAGCGUGAGCGAAAGCGAGAGCCUUCCGAGUUUGGAAUAUUCGGUCUUUCGGACGACAUCGGCGGGCUCGGUGACGAUCUGGACGAUGGCAGCGAUGUGGAUGACGAUACCUUGGAAGCGGAACUGGCUGCCAUUACUGCGGGCCACGGAGGUGCAAGGCGGCCGAAGCCGAAACCGAAGGCGAAAGGAAUUGUAGCACCACACGAGCUGGACGCGAUGGUUGCGGCUAGCUUGCGGGACGUAGGUAGCGACGACGAUGUUUCCGAUGAUGGUGAUGACGAUUCGGAUUUGAUGAGCGAACUGACCGCUAUCACCGGGGGAGUAUCGUUGGAUGAUGAUGGCGCAGACGACGAGGAAGAUGCAGCACCACCGGCGGCACCUCCGAGAAAAAGUUCCUCCAGUGUAGAUUUGGUCACUUUGCUCAAAUCACGCAUCACAAUGUACACGCAGGCGGAAGAGGGCGCAAAGAAGGCGGGCGAUUCGGGGAAGGCCAGACGAUUUAACCGUGGUCUCAAAACGUUAAAAGACCAGUUGCGAAUGGCUGAAGCGGGUAAAGCGGUUGAUCAGAGUGAAAUACCUCCGGAGGUGAGCGUUAAGCUUGCCGGCAAUCAGAAAGAUUCCUCGGAGGAGCAGCCCAAACCGAACACAGCACCGGUUCGCCCAGCGCCACCUCCACCGGCCGCAAAACCUGCGGCGGUCGAACCGGGACCAUCGCAUUCUGCACCACCCGUGCCUCCGAGACGUGAUGCUGGUCCGCCCCAGACACCGGCGCCAGUGUUGGAGGAAGCUGCCACUCCAGAUGAUCCAAAAUUGCGGCUCCUAAAUGAGCGCAAAGCUCAAUACAAGCAGGCAGCACUGAACGCAAAAAAGGCUGGCAAUAACGAAGAAGCGAUGGGGUAUGUAAAGGUACUGAAGCAAUUCGAUGUGGUCAUACGUGCCCUGGAGAAUGGUGAGGAGGUUGACUUGAGCCGUAUGCCCCCUCCACCUAAGGAAUUCAAUAGCGGAACGACGACGGCUUCAGUGAACCAACCAACAGUGCCUUCCGGGGGUAGACCAAAGGAGGAAUCGAAGCUGCAACAGGAAGCCGAAGUGCCUUCCCAACCGUCCCUUCCAGUGCCAGCGGAGGGAGAGGAGGAGGAGGCUGCGGAAGAAAAUCUCAUCCUCGGCACGACGGUCCUGGAGGCCCUCGAGCAGCGAUUGGAAAAGUAUAAAUCGGUCGAGCAGGCGGCAAAGGAAGAAGGCAACAGUUCCAAAGCACGAAGAAUUGGCCGCAUUGUGAAGCAGUAUCAGGAUGCUAUUAAGCUACACAAAGCCGGAAAACCGGUCCCAUUCGAUGAGCUACCAACACCCCCUGGUUACGGACCAAUCCCGGUGGAUGGUCCACCGAAGCCUUCGACGCCGGCAGCCGGACCUUCCAAACCGGCUCUUUCCGUUCCACCAAAACCACCGGUUGCUCCCCAGAGCUCGCCGGAAUCGGUUGCGGGUACGAGCAAGCCCUCACCGAAACCUGCGACCACUCUGUACGACAAACAAUUGGCGCUUUUAACCGAACGGCAUCGAGAGUAUAAACAAGCGGCCAUCGAAGCGAAGAAAGCGGGCGAUCUCGAGGAAGCCAAGGAAUGCCUGCGGGUAUUCAAGGGUCUGGAAAAGCUUAUCGAGGUUGCACGUUCCGGUGGGCGGGUGGAUAUGAGCACGCUGCCGAUACCGCUGGCGAAACGCAACGCACUCGAAGCUUCCUUUACCAUCGUAACGCCGGAGGAUUGUGAUCAGCCCGUCGUCGAAGGUGGUGCACCGGUCGGGGACGACCUGGACAGCGAGACGCGCAUUCGCCUCGAGGAGCAGUUGUCGAAGCAGCUGAUUAUCUGCCGGAACACGCGCGACCAUCAUCGGGCGAUGGGCGACGUGGCCGGGAUGAACAAGUUCGAAAAUCUCGCACUGAACGUGCAGAAGGAUCUCGAUCUGGUGCGGCUUGGGCACCGGCAGGGUUUGCCGUUGCCAAAGUUCCACUACGAAAAGCUGCAGUUCAACGUGGUGCAGUGCAACACCGAUCUGUCCGAUAACGAGGUGGAGAUUAAAGUCGUGCGUGGAAUUAACUACAACGUGCCCAAUCCAAAGGAUGUUGAUACUUACGUUAAGUUCGAGUUUCCUUAUCCUCAGGAAGAUCCGUUGAAGGGAAGAACGAACCUCGUUAAAGAUACUCACAGCCCCGAGUACAACUACCAGCAGACGUUGGAGAUCCAGCGCAAUCAGCGUAACUGCCAGCGAAUAUUCAAACGCCAGGCGCUCAAAUGCGAAGUCUAUUCCAAAGGAUGCAGCUGCUGUUGCUGCUGUCACGGUGCAUCAACUGGACUUUUCUCCUCCUGUUUCAGUGGUUUCCUCCGCUCGGACGUGCUGAUUGGGACGGUCUCGAUCAAGCUGCAGCCGCUGGAGACGCAGAUCGAAAUCCACGACUCAUUUCCGCUGAUGGACGGCAGACGCACGGUCGGGGGCAAGCUCGAGGUCAAAAUACGUGUCCGUAAUCCCAUCCUGACGAAGCAAAUCGAGCAGAUUAACGAACGCUGGGUGGUGUUCGACUCGUAGUCGGGCCGAGGAGAGCGCGAGGGCCGGUAAAUGGCUGCCGGUCCACCCGGACGAGUCAUCGAUGUUCUGGCGAUACAACACACCGCGUCCGAGCCGCUUGGUUGUGCGAAUUGGGGUUGAAUAAAUUAAACGACGCCGCUUUUCCCACGAGGCCGAAUGGCCAAAGCAGCAGCAGCAGCAGCGGAACCAACAGCAGCAACCUGUGCCUUUCAGAGGGCACGGUCCGACGGGAAAUAUUCGGUCAAUGUUAGAAUGUGAUAUUACGGAAAACGUGUUCCGCUCGUCGAAGCUUUACUCGUGGGCAACUAACGCUACGGUAGUGUUGAAUUGAGCUGAAACAAGCUCAAACGAUGCUAAAUUGGAAUCGCGUAACAUUACCAUCGCAGCACCGGAUCGGCGGAAGGUUUGGGGGAGAAUGUUAUAUUCGAAACAUGGUUUUGUUUUGUGUAAAAUAUAAAGGAAAAAAAACGACAGAAUGGUUUCCUGUGCUGAACCAGUGCUACGGGCCAUCAUGAAACGGACACGCUUACGAUGAGUUAAUUGUUAGGUUGAAAAAGAACUUCAAGGAAGGAACUGGUAGAACCAUUUUGAAGUCACAGAUGUUGAACAAGAUUUUGCUAAACUAUUUUAAGAGGAAUCUAUUAUUAUCUUGAACAGCUCAUAUUUUGCGUUAUCUUGUCAACUCAAUCUCGGUUUAUUAAUAAAAAAAAAAAGAUGGAAGAUAACACAAUCCAUCCAGUGUAUUUGAAA